AUGGCUCCGGAGUUAACCGCUGCUCAAGAGAACUGCUCAGAACCCACCAGGCGGCUAAUAACCUUCAGUAACUCUAGCUCCAGGAGGGAGGAGAGGGAGCGCUCGCCAAGCCUCGGGUGCCUGACGUGGUGUCCGCGGCCCUUCAUUCUCGGACUUCCUCCCGGCCUUGCAGGCCUCGCCCUCGGAGGACGCGCAGCGGGCGCCGGCUCGGCAGGGUGCGGAGGGUCGAGACCCGGCGGUGCGGGCGCCGCGCAGGCGGUGCGGGGCUCGGCGCGGCGCUGGGCUCGGGCGGCCGGGAGCGGCGGGNUGGCUGCGGCCGGCGGCGGGGCGAUUGCGGGCCGAGCCUACGCGUUCAAGGUGGUGCUGCUCGGGGAAGGCUGCGUGGGGAAGACGUCGCUGGUGCUGCGCUACUGCGAGAACAAGUUCAACGACAAGCACAUCACUACCCUGCAGGCAUCUUUCUUAACAAAGAAGUUAAAUAUUGGUGGGAAGAGAGUAAACCUUGCCAUUUGGGAUACAGCAGGCCAAGAGAGAUUCCAUGCAUUGGGGCCAAUUUACUACAGAGAUUCAAAUGGAGCUAUUUUAGUUUAUGAUAUAACGGAUGAAGAUUCUUUUCAAAAGGUAAAAAACUGGGUCAAAGAAUUACGGAAAAUGCUGGGAAAUGAAAUCUGUUUAUGUAUAGUUGGUAAUAAAAUAGACUUGGAAAAGGAAAGGCAUGUUUCAGUUCAAGAAGCAGAAUCGUAUGCAGAAUCUGUGGGAGCAAAACAUUAUCACACUUCAGCUAAACAAAACAAAGGAAUCGAGGAGCUCUUUCUGGACCUUUGUAAAAGAAUGAUAGAAACAGCACAAGUGGAUGAGAGGGCGAAAGGCAAUGGCUCCAGUCAGGCCGGAGCUGCCAGGCGCGGGGUACAGAUCAUUGACGACGAACCUCAAGCCCAGAGUGGUGGUGGAGGGUGCUGUUCUUCUGGAUAGCUGCUCAUACCUGAAAGAGUCAAAGAACAAAACUGUGGAUCAUUGCCCUCAACAUGAAGACUGCCAUACUCCAAGUCACAUUAUUUUACCAAUGGAGUUAUAGGAUUAACAGUAUUUUAAAUUACGUUUAUAACACUGCAGAGACCUUAAGUGCUAAAUUUAGUGGAGUUGUGACCAGAGAAUUGGCAUUUUCUACAAAUGUUAACAAAGCAAUUACCAAUGGCCUUUUUACAUAUUUUUUUCUUUAGUGAGGAAUAAUAUGCAUGUAGAAAAGACCUACUUAAAGGCUUCGUUUAUAUUCUUUUAAAUCAGAUCUUUAUUUAAUAACUUAUAUAUGUUGUUGGAAUGGUAUACAUUUUUGCAGCUCUUUGUAUUUUGUGGUAGUUUUUAUUGUAUCACUUCUAAACAGCAUACUGUUUUUGUUUUUGUUUUUGAUUAGCAGAUACCUGAAGUUCUAUUUUUGCAGGGUUUGCACAGGCCCCUAACUGUCUACUACUUUGAUAUAAUCUAUAUACAUCCUGUAUGCUAGCUGGUAAAAUACAUUGUAAAUUACAUAUUAAAUAUUUUAUCUGCUUUUACAAGCGCAAGGUGCAAAAAUAUAUACGAUUGUCUUCUUGAUGACUGUAAAGUGAAUUAACAUUUGGUGACAAUGCCUAAGCUUUUUGACUGUGUUAUAACGAUCAUCGCCCUCCUUCUUCACUUGUCUUAAUGUGAAGUGACAUGUUUAAAUUUUCACACCUACUUUACUUGAAUUAUUACUGUUGUCACUUUUUUUUCCUCUGAGUCUGAUCGAAAAGCAGCAUUUGCCUUUUUUUAUUAUUAUUAUUAAAAAAAGAUGACUUCUAAGUUUGUUUAGAAUGGUUACCUUAGAAGAAUUUGAAUGGAGCUUGCUGAGCUUUACUUCUGCAAUAACUUUAGUUUUCUUUUAGGCUUUUCAUGUACUGGGUUCACUGGCCUGAGAAGCAGAGGUCCCAGGUUAGCUACCUGCCAAUACUCACACAGCGAGUUAGUGGUAGCUAGUGCUCCUGAGGCAGCACUUCUAGAUCCCUUGUGAGCAGGGUAUACUGGUCAUUGCUUGUCAGAAGUGAAUAUAGAAAGUUCGGUCUCAUAAGAAAUAUCCUUCUGAGUUUCUAUGGAGGGAAGCAUUUCGUAAUACAGUUAUAGCAAACACUGGAAAGAUUUACUAUAAAAUUAUAUUCUUGUAUACUUUGUGAUUAGUCCCUCAUUAGGUUGUUUGUUUUUUUCUUUUUUUUUUCUUUAGCAUUAGACUGAAAUUUGUUAAAUUUAGUAAUCAGGCACUGCUCAUAGAGAGAACACAGAUUGUGGAAGUUAAUAUAAAUUGUUCUUGUUCUAAUAUAUAUAUUUUUUCAUUUCUGUCAUGCUUGGAAAACUAGUAAAUGUUAUGUCUAAGAUAAAAUGGAAUGGUUCCUGGAUUUACUUGUAAGUAGUAGAAUGCAAUAUAAGCUGUUAGCAUGAGCAUUUUGUGAAGGCACCGGAAGUGAUAGAUGCUAAAAAGAUGCUACCAUAUUUUUAAGUUAAUAGCUCAAAUCUUUCCAUAUAAGAUAAAAGUUGAGUAACUUGACAGCUAAAUGUUUUAAUGUUAGAAAUUUAAUUUAGUAUGACUCAGUCCUCAGUCCUCACUUUAGAGUAUAAUUACUGACCUUGCCAAAUUCAAAACAGUGACCUGCUUGUUACGUGUGUUUGAGGAUGGACAGCGUGGAAAGAGUCAAGGGACAAGCUAAAACUGUGUUUUCAUGGGAUGUUCGUGCUCUCUGUAGUUUCUGGGUUUCCUGAGAAGUUGGUGUUUAUGCAGGAUAGAGGGGCAGCAGAAAUCAUGAGUCUUGACAGGAAAAUUUGAUUUUGCCCUCUGGCUCUUUCAGGGGUAAAGAUUGCUGCCAUGUCCACUGUUGUGAAUAGGAAAUAUGCUCUUCUCAUUGGAGUAAAAUACUGCCUUUAAACUUGAGAUGAAAUCAAACUUUAUUUCAGAAAGUAAGAUAAUUGGAAAGCUGUAAGUCAGCUUUUUUCUCCUUCAGUUGUAUAAAUUCCAGAAAGAGGCCUCUGCUCUGGAGUUGCCAGAAUAUCAUUGGUGGGGCAGAAACUAUCCUCCUCAUUCUAUUCUUACUCCCCUUUGAUUUCUGUGUGUUUUCUGCACCUCAUGUUUCACUCUUUUUAAACCUAUUAUUAUUCAGGGUACUUCAACAGCAGCAGUAUGUAUUAUGGUUAUACUUGCUGUCGUUCUGAAGCCCAAAAGAUCUUUAAAUUGAAAACAAUGAAAGGACAGUGAGAAGGACCAGUCAACUGCAGUAUGGGUAUAGGGGUGAGAUCAAGUGAUGGUAAAUUGAGGCUGACGAAGUUUUCCUGAUACCUUCUCCCUAUUUGUGUUCCUGUCCUAAUAAUUGUGCUGUGUGGAAGAAGGCACAAGUUACAGUGGUGUCUAUUAAAAGUAACAGAUAGGUAGCACUCAUGUUUUCCACCAGUAUAUAUAUGUCACAUGAUUUAAAAUUGGUUUAAGAUAGUCAUUAAGAGUGAACACUUGUUUCUGUGAAGAUGAGUAUUCUGCUUCUUGUUUUAUGAUUACAGAAGAGGAUUGUUGUUUUAAAAAAAUGUAUUCUGCAAUAAUUUGGGGAUAAAUAGUAAUCUGAAAAGAAAAAAGUAUGUUGUUCUAUGAAAUAUAAAUGUUUUGUUUGAGUUAUCUCAUAAGAGUACUCACGUUAUCACUGUUUGUAUUGAGAUCUUUUUUUAAAAUAUUGGCCUUAUAUUAUUAGUUAGUUUUCUUUGGUAUUAGAGAGUAAUACUUCAUUUUUAGGUUUCCAGUAAUAACAGAUAAAGUUGGGGAAAAAGUGAAAGGAGAUAAAAAUCAAGUAGAUAGAAACUCUCAGCCUGAUGGUGUUCAAAAUCACUUUGACGUAUACAUUGCUUUUAUCAAAUAGUCUCUAAUAAGGCAAGAUAUGCAUUGUGUGCCAAAUAAUUAGAACAUUUUUAAAAAGUAGAUUGUGAUGCUGUUUAUUUCUUUCAGUAUAUAAUUUACUUUUCUUAUUAUAAAUGUUACCAGGAGUUGGUAUCAUGGAUCUUCUAUAUUACUUCCAGAUAAUAUAGUUUACCCUUGCACAUGUCAUUUACAUUUUCUCUUAGAAGUAAUUCAGUUUGUGACUUUAACUUUCAAAUUUUAUCUUUUGACUUUUUUGUGAGCAUUUCAGAUACUGAGACCUUCCAGGACAGAGUGUAGGUAGUAGGGACGAUAGGAGGCCCACAGUCACCUAGAAAGACA